GCCCUGGCUGCAUUAAUGACAUACAAAUGUGCCGUGGUGGAUGUUCCUUUCGGUGGUGCCAUGGCGGGUGUGAGGAUUGAUCCCAGGAAAUACUCGGAACACGAGCUGGAGAAAAUAACAAGACAUUUUACUAUAGAGAUGGCCAAGAAGGGAUUUAUAGGGCCUGGGAUUGACGUGCUGGCCCCUGAUGUCAGUACUGGGGAACGGGAGAUGUCCUGGAUAGCUGACACCUACACCUACACGCUGGGGUAUCAGGACAUCAAUGCCCUGGCCUGUGUCACUGGGAAGUCCAUCAGCCAGGGAGGGGCCCACGGGCGACACUCUGCCACCGGGCGCGGGGUGCUGCAUGGCAUCGAGAACUACAUCAACAACACGCACUACAUGGACCGCAUCAGCAUGAGCCCCGGCUUGCCCGGCAAGACCUUCGUGCUGCAGGGCUUUGGCAAGGUGGGGCUGCACACCAUGGAGUACCUGCACCAGUUUGGAGCCCGCUGCGUCUGUGCUGGGGAGACGAACGGGGCCAUUUACAAUCCUGGUGGGAUCAACCCCAAGGAGCUAGAAGACUACGAGAGAGGCCAGGGCACCAUAGUUGGCUUCCCGAAAGCAGAGCCCUAUGAGGGCAGCAUCCUGGAGGUGCCCUGCGACAUCCUCAUCCCUGCCGCUAUUGAGAAACAGCUCACAAGGGAGAACGCGCCCCAGGUGCAAGCAAAGAUCAUCACUGAAGCUGCCAACGGCCCCACUACACCCGCAGCACAUGACAUAUUCCUGCAAAGAAACAUCCUCGUCAUCCCGGACGUGUACGUGAACGCCGGUGGCGUGACUGUGUCCUUCUUCGAGUGGCUGAAGAACCUGAACCACGUUAGCUACGGCCGCCUCAGCUUCAAGUAUGAGUGGGAGUCGAGCUGCUACCUGCUGCAGUCGGUGCAGCACAGCCUGGAGCGGUGCUUCGGCAAGGCCAGAGGGGAGAUCCCCAUCCUCCCGUCCCCCGAGCUCCAGGCCCGCGUGUCCGGUGCCUCAGAGCGGGACAUCGUGUAUGCGGGACUGGCCUACACCAUGGGGCAGUCAGCCAAGCAAAUCAUGAACACGGCUGCAAGGUACAACCUGGGCCUGGACCAGCGAACCGCUGCCUACCUGUGUGCGCUGGAGAAGGUGCUCACCGUGUACGACGAGGCCGGCUUCACCUACUGA